AUGUGGUGCUCACAGGAAAAUCUACCCUCCCCGAAAACCAUUCUAUCAGCGGCGGCAUCACUCGCCGCAUCGGCAAUUCUAUUCCGAACGAUUGCAAACGACCUCAUCCCUGAUGUCGUCCAAAAUUCCUUCUACUCGCGCCUCCAAAAGCUGUCGUCCCAAAUCACCGUCGUCGUGGAAGAGCUGGACGGCCUGACGCCGAACGAAAUGUUCGAGGCGGCCAAUCUCUAUCUGGGCACCCUGCUCUCUACCUCUACGCGACGAAUCAAAGUCAACAAGCCCGAAAAGGAGAAGCAGUUGCUGGUCACUAUAGACAAGAACCAAGGGCUCGUUGAUUGUUUCAAAGGCGUCAACUUCAAGUGGGUUUUGGUCAGCAGCCAAAAACCAGCCUCCAAUGGCAAACGUGAGGAUCAUUCACAGUCCGAGGUUCGACAGUUGGAGCUCAGCUUCCAUAAGAAGCACAGGGACAUGGUGCUCAGCUCUUACUUGCCCUACAUUCUGAACAAGUCCAAAGAAAUCAAAGAGGAGAGAAAAGUGGUGAAGCUCCACACAGUCGACUAUAACGGCACUGACUAUUGGGGUUCCAUAAACCUCGAUCAUCCGGCGACUUUCGAUACCAUGGCGAUGGACCCGGAGAUUAAGAAGGCGUUGAUUGAGGACCUUGAUCGGUUCAGAGAGAGGAAGGAGUAUUAUAGGAGAGUAGGCAAGGCUUGGAAACGCGGGUACUUGCUGUUUGGACCGCCCGGCACUGGUAAAUCAAGCUUGGUUGCAGCCAUGGCUAAUUAUCUGAAAUUUGAUAUUUUUGACUUGGAUUUGAAGGAAGUUCAAUGCAAUUCUGAUUUGAGAAGGUUGUUGAUUGGCACCAAGAGCCGAUCCAUAUUGGUCAUCGAGGAUAUAGAUUGUUCAGUUGAGUUGCAAAACAGGGAUGCUGAGAAUGAACCCAAAACUGUUGAAGACGACAAGAUUACCCUCUCUGGUCUAUUGAACUUCAUUGACGGAUUGUGGUCAACCUGUGGAGAGGAGAGAAUCAUUGUGUUCACCACAAAUCGCAAGGACCGACUUGAUCCAGCGUUGCUGCGACCUGGUCGGAUGGACCUGCACAUCCACAUGUCCUACUGCACCUUCAGUGGUUUCAAGACAAUGGCAUACAAUUACUUGCGGAUUCAAGAGCACCCACUUUUUGGAGAUAUUGAGAAGUUGCUGGAUUAUUACAAGGCGCAAGCAACACCUGCUGAAGUUGCUGGAGAGCUGCUGAAGAGUGAUGAUGCUCAAGUUUCCCUUCAAGGUCUUAUCACAUUCCUCCAAAGCAAGAACAAGAUGGAAACUGCGUGA